AUGGGCGACUCGAAGGCGGCCCUCGUCCCGCUCCUCCCCGUCGGCGCGGGCAUACCGUCCACCCAGGCCACUACCCCGCCCACCACACCUCCUGCUGGCUUUGUGACUGCCCGCGGCACCGAGUUCUGGCUCGACGGCCGGCCAUACCGCUUUGCCGGGAUGAACGCGUACUGGAUCCCCCAGCUGGUCCAUGAGUCGCAGUACGACGCGGCGUUCCAGCGUCUGAAGGAUAUCGGGGUGCGCGUGCUGCGUACGUGGGCGUUCUCAAUGGUCGAGGGGGAGCUGCCGACCACCAAUUUGACGUAUUUCCAGUACUGGAAAGACGGCGAGCAGUUUCUCAAUGUCGGCGCCAACGGACUGGCGCGCCUCGACACGACGGUCAAGUAUGCCGCCAAGUACGGCAUCAAGCUGAUCAUGGUGUUUGUCAACAACUGGGAACACUACGGCGCAAUGGACGUGUACACGUCCAACCUCGUCGGCAAGGACGCGUGCCACUCGGACUUUUACACCAAUGCCAAAGUCAUCGCCGCGUUCGAGGCGUACGUCCACCACAUUGUCACGCGGUACAAGGACUCGGCCUCCAUUUUUGCGUGGGAGCUCACCAACGAGGCGCGCGCGACGGCCACCGAGCCAUUGAAACGACUCGAUUUCACGCCCGACGACCUGACCAGGUGGGUCGCGGACCGCGCAGCGUUUAUCAAGUGCCUCGAUCCGCACCACAUGGUCGCCGUGGGUGACGAAGGGUUCUUCAACUGGGACCGGCCCAAGACCAAGGCCGAGUAUGUGUAUUCAGGAGAGUCGGGUGGCGACUUUGACGCAUACCUCAAGCUGGACAAUAUCGACUUUGGCACCUUCCACAUGUACCCCGAGACGUGGGGCAUGACACCCGAGUUGGAGUGGGGCAAGCAGUGGAUCCAAGAGCACAUCGACUCGAUGAACAGGCAUGGCAAGCCCGUCGUGUUUGAAGAGUUCAACAUUGACGGAUACGACAAGCAGACGACAAUGUUUCCGGCGUGGAUUGAGCUCGCCGAGGAGCAGCUGCCCGGUAUCAUGCCGUGGGGCCUGGCCGCCAACGACAUGGACAUUUCCGACACGACAGUCUGGCUGGGCAGCUAUGACGAGACUAAUGAUUUCUGGCCCGGCAAGGACCUCGUGUGGGCCAUGCUGCAGCAGAUGGGCAAGAGGAUUAAUGAAAAGUGGCCACUCGAGUAA